AUGACUAGAUCAAGAGGUAAACAACGACUAAGGCUUGUUACAGAGUAUGAUGGAUCCAAUGAGAAGAAUCCUGAUGCAGACCCUUUGGACUCACUUGGUCAUGGCACUCAUGUUGCUGGUAUCAUCGCCGGAAAGAGCGACUUCUACGUCGGCGUCGCCCCAGAAGCCGAAAUAUUAGCUUUUAAAGUCUUUGGCGCUGCAGACAUUAUCACUGCAAGUAUUGGUCGUGCCCAUGGCUUCUCAGAUGGGCCUUGGGCUACUAUAGCCUCCAGAAUCGUAGAACAAGGCGUCAUCAUCACCAUUGCAGCCGGCAACGAUGGAGAUGAGGGCCCUUUUUACGCGAGCAGUGGAUCGUCAGGUAAAGAAGUUCUCGCUGUUGCUUCUGUUGACUCUAGUCGAGUCCCCGCUAAGCCAUGGUAUGCAACGUUCAGCCUUGGCGGCGAAGCGAAUACCACUCAGCUUGCAUACAUACCUCCAGUCAACAGAGGUCUUUGGAACAUUACCGGUCUACCAAUUGUCCCGUUAGCUUAUGACACGACCAACCCAGCGGAGGCAUGUAGCCCACUACCGGAUUCGACACCAGACCUCUCGAACGUAAUUGUGCUGGUUCGAAGAGGGACAUGCACGCCUUAUGUGAAACAGACCAAUGUUGAAAAAUUUGGCGCUCGAUACGUUCUCUUUUACAACGACGAAUAUCGCCCGUAUGAACUUGUGGCUAACUCGGCCUACAAGUCUCAGAUCGCGCUCAUCGACGCCAAGGCCGGCGCAGCCAUUAUCGAAACGGUGAAAUCAGGAGGAAACGUCACCGCAGACUUCACAGUACUAGCGGACCGGAACUGGGCAGUUGGCUUUUUCGACGCCGCUGGUGGCAUCCCUUCACAAUACACCAGCUGGGGCGGGACGUAUGAGUUAGAGAUCAAACCCGACAUUGCCGCGCCUGGCGCCAAGAUAUACAGUACCUAUCUGGACGGCACGUAUAAAGUACUCAGUGGAACUUCCAUGGCAACUCCUUAUGUUGCCGGCGUAGCAGCUCUUUAUAUCAGCAAGCACGGAGGUCGCUCUGUGCACGGAAAAGGAUUUGCCAAGUAUCUCUCAAGACGCAUCAUAUCCAGUGGGGAAAGUAUUCCAUGGCAAAUCCUUGAGCCACAAGGACUUCCUACGGACUUUGGGUAUUUCGCCCCGAUUACACAAGUAGGCAAUGGGCUCCUUAACGCAACAAAGCUCUUGGAGUACAAGACAUCACUCUCGUUUGAUAAGUUUGCACUCAACGAUACUGGAUCGUUCAUUCGGUACCACAAGGUUGAGAUCACGAACAAUGGAGACGAAAUGGUAACCUACAACUUCACUUUGGAGCCUGCGGGAGGUUUUGUUGCUCAGGGAAGAACUCCUGGGCUUCUUGCAGAUAUCCUUGACAUAAAACCCAUGAAUCUCGUACCGAAUGUCACCUUUCCUUCGGGUAUUUUCCGAGUCAAUCCUGGUGAAACUAAGCAGGCUCAGUGA